AGGACAGAGAGAGCUAUAAAGAGGAGAGGAGAGAAUCGCGAGACAGACAACUUCAAACUGCACUUCUUCCACAAAGCAUACAAACAAUAGGGCCGCACCAGCGUUGUAUUUGCUCCUGCUUCUCCCGUUUUUAUUUUCUUUUAGCACGCGGAAGAGGUUGAUACAAAAGACUGGAGCGCGCGCUAACACCGAGAGGUCACAACCUGAGCAGUCGAGCUAAUGGACGCCUGCAGGCUUUUCUUGUCACUUCUUCUGAUGAUGUCCACCCCACGAGGGAAAUCAGAAGCAUCAAAAUCUUCAUGCCUUAACCUGGACCAGGAUUUUUACCGUCUUAUUAAAGGUGAAGCAUUUUACUAUGUGUCCUAUGCUAUGGAUGACCCUAAGAUGCCUGAUGAAAAUAUUACGUGGUACAAAAAUGGGCCAGAGAUUAAGAAUAUUACCACGGAUGAGACACACAGAAUCCAUUACCAUGGUGGAGCACUCCUUUUCUUAAACAUCAGUGCUAAUGAUUCUGGUACUUAUACUGGCAGGCACAUAACCCCAUCAGGUGAAUGUUUCUACUACCAUCUACAAAUUGAGGUCUUUAAUGAAAUCAGUCGAGAAAAUCUCACCUAUGGAAGUAUCAAAAACUCUGACCAGAACAAAAAAAUUCCAUGUCCACAACAAAUUGAGGACAUAUGCACAACAUUCAAUGGAAAUUUCACUUGGUUCAAGGGUGCCAAUCUUCUUCCUGGUCAUCAUGAAGCAAUCCUGCUGGUAGAAAAUGCACAAAAAGACGAUGAGGACAUCUAUACCUGCAUAUGUACCUGGACACACAAUCACAAGCUGUACAACUCUUCUGGUUCCAGGAAACUUUUUGUUGAAGAAAAAGCCAGCUAUCGUGAUGUAGAAAUCACCUCUCCAACCAGUAAGGAGCAGUUAGUUGAUAAAGGGGUUAGACUCAAGCUAAACUGCACUGUUUACUGUGGGAUUAAUGCGAAACUGAACUGCAAGGCCAGUUGGCGCAUUAAUGGAGAACCAGUAAACCAAAUGAAAGGAUACAAUGAAAUCACCAAAUUAGAGAUUGAGGAUCUUUCAAAGAACACCUUCUCCACAGCGACCUUGACCAUAGAAAGGGUUUCAGCAAAAGAUUUCCAGCAUGAUUUUAAGUGUUACGGCUCAGGCUUUUAUACAACAAAUACUACAACUUUAACUCUCAAGCAGAGAGAGUCCAUCCUUCCCCUCAUUACUGCGGGAGUGUGUGUAUUUUUAGUUGGUGUGUUUGCUGCCGUGCUGCUGAAAUAUUUUGCCAUUGACCUUGCUCUAUUGUUCAGACCCUACUUCUUACCAGGAAGAGACUAUCAAGGAAUCCAGGAUCAGGAGCACCUCGACUGUGUGAGGAGGAGGUCAGAUGGGAGGGUGUACGAUGCCUACGUGGUUUACCAGACACAGAGCUUAGACAAGGAGGCAGAGGAAAAACUGUCCAAUUUUGUUACAAAGAUUCUGCCCUCAGUCCUUGAAGACAAGUGUGGAUAUCGACUCUUCAUCCAGGGGAGAGAUGACAUACCUGGUGAAGAUCGUGUGGAGCUGGUUGAGAGGUGUAUUAAGCAGAGCAGGAGGCUGAUUGUCAUCCUAACACCAGGAUCAGGAUCUGAGAUGAUAAAAGAUCCCAGCUCAGACCAUACCUCAGUCAUUGGAGGAUUUGACUGGCAGGUUGGGCUUCACCAUGCACUGGUGCAGAGGGAGAUGAGUGUGAUUCUAAUUCAGCUUGGGGAGACCGGUUCACAAGGUUACACACACCUUCCUCCAGGCCUGCUGCAUCUGAUCCGUAAGAGCGCCCCCAUCAGAUGGACAGAGGGCUUACAGAAAGCCUCCAAAUGGAACUCGCACUUCUGGAAGAGAGUACAAUAUCUGAUGCCUGCCACACCCGCCAAAAAAAGAGAUUUGUCUACUAUCAUCUAAAACCGCUGAGCUCUGAAAUGUGAUGUAGAAAAUAAAACUGACAUAAUGGACAGAUUUCCUGCAAUGUAUGACUUUUGUUUAUCAGGAAUGUAUUUUAUUGCAACUCCAUCCUAACUUUUCAAAUGUAAGGCAUAUUUAAGACUAUAUAUUACAUAUAGUUUACAUCUAAAAGCAUAAGAAACAAUAAUAUCUUAUCUAAUAGUAUCUUAUAUGAUAGAUUAAAGCUUCUGAAGGGCUCAGAUAUUCACCACUUCUCUUAGCUUCAGUAUACUUUAUUUUGCUUUUGAUUAUUAUUUCUCUCUGGCUACACAAUAAAGUUGGAAUGUAUGUUCCUGAGUCAUCAAACCAUCUGUUUUGUUUGGUGAGCCAUAUGUAGCUGCUGUAAUUUGAUUUAGGUGCAGUUUCUGUUGGAUAUUCGUGUGCCAAUUAAGACUGAAAGAUGAUUUGCUUACAUUACAUACAGUGAAGACUUCUGUAGAAAUGUCUGAAGGAAUACAAAUACUCUUAAGUUAAGCUUUUCCAACUGUAGUACACAGUAAUUGUCAACCUUUUGGAGGGAAUUAUUUUUGGGUUGUUUUUUUUUUUUUAAUUGUGGACUGUGUUUUCUUAUUUACAGAAAAUAUGAAUUGAAAGCAUAUUUUACUGUGAAUGAAAAGUCAUUGGUAUGUGAAUAAAAGUGUAUUUUCUUUUUAAUGUGAUACAGCAUAUUAGGUGCAAUUCUAGUCAGUGUCUAGCAGAUAGAGGUAAAGCUCAUGUUAUUGCAUGUAAACCUUUGUGAAAAAAACUUUUUAGAAAUUAGACAGAUUUUCAGAAUAAAAAAAAGGAAUCAGAGACUGACAUUUACUCAAUUCUAUUUUGAUGCACUGAAUUAAAAAAUAAAUAAAAUACAUUGG